AUGAAGGCUCGGGGUGCAUUGUAUGAAUUUGGUCAAAAAACAAUAUCAAAGGAACUGGUUGACAUUAAUUUAUCUCGCCGGCAGAAUACAGUCACAGGAGCCACACUGAUUCUGGGGCGUGUUGGCUGGGCUGCCCUAAGCCCUGAUUCUUCGUACGCGGCUCUGAACUACCGUGACCCCAGCUCGCCGCCCUCCCUGCCCGACUGCCGCGCGCGUGGCGCCGGGUCCCCGCCAGCCCUGCCGCCGUCGGCCCGCCCAGCCCGCAGCCACCGCACGGGCGCCGGCUUUAAACUGGGCGCUCGCACGGAGAACACCAUUCUGCCUUGCCAAGACCAGUACUUUGUAGGAGACCAGAGCUAUAAUUGUGCAUAUUCCACUACAACUUCAGAAUCUAGUGUUGACGUUUCCACGGAUACUUGGGUCUCUUUCUGGGCUGCUGGUCUCCUGGACAACAGAGAGCCCCAACAAGCACCACAGGCACAGGAAUCAUCGCAGGGCCCCAAUUUUCCUAUUCUGGACUCAUGUUCAUGGGAAGAGGCACAACUUUCCUCCCAACUGUACAGAAAUAAACAGCUCCAGGAUACUCUGGUACAGAAGGAAGAAGAACUAGCUCGGUUACAUGAAGAGAAUAACCACCUCAGGCAAUACCUGAAUUCUGCUUUGGUUAAAUGUCUGGAAGAAAAGGCUAAGAAAUUGCUGUCAUUCGAUGAGUUCUCCAAAGUAUGUGGAAAAUUCAGAAAGGGGAAGAGGAAACCCAAAGAGAAAAGAUACUCUCCUGCUGAAAUUCCCCAUCCCAAAAAUGCCAAGAGAAACCUCUCUAGUGAAUUUGAUAACUGUGAAGAACAAGCUGGGCCCCCUGUGGAUCCCUGGGUCCUUCAAACGCUUGGUUUAAAAGAUCUCAACACCAUCGAUGACACCUUGUCAGCUAACUACAGUGCCCUGUCCUCUGAGCCCAGAAGAGUCACCAGCACAUUUUCUCAGUUUCCAGACGAUGCAGUUGAUUAUGAAAAUGUCCCCAGAGAGGAUCUGGUGAUUGACUCUGGAGGUGACAGAACAGCCUCCUUCCACAGCACUGCCACUCACAGGGAAGAUUUUCACUCCCUUUCGCAACUUUCAAAUCCCCCAGUGGGGCUGCAAAAUCUUCCUUACUAUACUGCUAAUGUGUCACACAACAAGACCGAGAUGGCCUUUUCCACAUCCCUGAGCCCUCACUGUAACGUGAAAACUCAUUCCUUCCACCAGGGACAAGCCUUUGUGCGUCGAGAUGAGGAGGGAGGCUGGAAGUUUACAUGGGUCCCUAAGCAGUCUUAG